CAGGUGAGCAAACGACGCCAAGCAUUGACAUUUUAUUAAGCGCUGUCCAACUUUAUAACACUGCAAAACAUAUCUGAGGACGCAGCAGUUGAGCAUGUCCCUUAACAUCGCGGCUUCCCGAUGUCGCUACAGCACAGCGCCCCAUCGUCGCACAGGCCAAGCAAUUGUCACACUGCGAAGUUACCCCUUGUUUUCAUUCAAGCUGUACGCUGUAUACGACAAGAUAACAUGCAUAAGAAACCCGCGUUCAGUUUAGUACGCUGUAAAAGGCACCGGUCGCGAAGGGCACAGACCCAAACUCCUGCAGUUGCCAGCACACGAUGGUGGCCACGGGAUAGAAUCGGCGACGGAAUGCGUGAUGUGUAUGUCGACAGGAUCUAUUGAUGCGCCUUUUCUUGUUUAUGCUAAAUUAUUUAUGCACUUGCGCGAAUAUAGGCCCGAAGUGAUGGUGAAAAAAAAAAAAAAAACGAUUUUGUCUUUCAUCACUUUCUUUUUGUGUACGUGUCGUGAUUUUCGUGCUCUUUUUUCCACUCUGAACUAUAAUUACAAAGGAAAUUGAAACAACAUCCAACAGCUAUUCUGCAUUCACCUUUUGGCGAAAAAUAUAAACAUUCUCCACUAAUGACAUAGAUGAUUUAAAUGCAGCCACGAAGACAGCAUCUAGAGAGUGCCCGCAAAGUAAAAAUCAUGCGUUAGAUUGUGCUGUUGAAAAGUGAACCACACUGUACCUGCGUCAUCAUUUGGUACUCAUUUACGCUUUCGCACAUGUACGGCGACUGCCCUAAAAGUGCCUAAUCAGGUAUUUCUACAAAUACAAUGUAGAACGAUCAAUUCGCGCUUGUUUGGAAGUUAGACCUUUAUAUGAUCACUAUUGUAAACAAGCGGGCCAGUCUCGUUACCCAUACAGUCUUACUUCCAAUGGCGUCCCUCGUUGCGUCCUAGGAAUAGCAAAAAAAAAAAAAAAAGCAGGCACGUAUUGUGGGCCUUUCUCCGUCCUUAUUCGUUGUGCUAAGCACAUUGUAAGCAUAUUUCGCUUUCCAAUUAUCUGAUACAUCAACCUCGUGUUCUUUCAUAGGUCAUUCCUAUGCUCACUUAAUGCGUCAAUUACUCUAUCUUUAUUUACGGAUACGCAGUAUCUAUUUCAUUUACUUGUGUUUGACUUGAAGUUCAAUUAUUGUAAGCACCCUUCUUGUAUUUGAUUAUGUGCUUCAUUAACGUUGUGUAACAUGAUGUCUGCCACAGCUAUGUUGCCAUAAUGUGAUAUUUACUAUAUUCUUAAACUACUAUUAGGCGGUCCCCAUGACCGUUUUUGUCACUCCGCGACUUCUUCCUAUACUAAUGAUAAAUGAUGAAAUAAAUGCACCGAUAACAACUUGCCCACUUAUUGUUCUUGCCAAUGAUAUUUUAAAAUCGCGCGUUUUCGAGCGCGCGCCUUUCACUUCGGGGCAGUUCGGUUCUUCAUCGUUUUCGGUUCCGUCGUGCAGACAACCUCGCGUCUCGCGAAGGAAUACCGAGAGGGCGUGCCACGGGCAAGGCGUGCCCACAGAAUCGCGCAGGUGCUCGUGCGAACCACGCGACCCAAGUUCCAGCUCCGUUCCAGGGAUUUCCUCCAGCACUGCAUCUACACCUAGAUGCGGCUCAGCUACGCGGUGGAUGAAGCCGAAGGACCUGUCGUGACGGCAAAGCUCCAACGAAAGCGUCUGCAAGAAAGGACCACGGAGCGGCCGCCUACGAGAGUCUGCUGCGUGCCUAGUCAGCAGCUGUCCCAGCGUGUGCCUGUAGAUCAACCAGCUCUUCUCCAACCUUCGCUGCGUGCGGAGCAUCUUAAGCCAUCACCAGGAGGACCUCGACAAGUCAUGCACGGCCAGCGGAACCGAUGGGUCCUUCCAGCUUGCGGAGCUGUCCCCAUGCAACAACUUCCUGUGGGUUAUUAUGGAGCUACGCGAAACACGGCUGGCCCUGGCUUCCCUGCGGGGACGCGUGGUUGCUCUGGCUUCCAACAAGCAGCGCAGGUGCCCGUUCAUUCUGGUUCAUUGGCCGCUGAUGGAGCACCGCUCCAUCGAGUUCCUGGAGCUGCGCGAAUCACGGAUGUCACCAAAGCAGUUCCAGUUUACCGACAACCUUAUCCACGCCAGGCUCCACUACCACCUGUUGGACUACCCGAGCAGGGACCUGAUGGACGCGCUCCGUUCCACAGCGACCACGCUCGACAAGCUGGAGAUCGGGAGCGUGCACUUCUCGAGCGCGGGCGGGAGCACCUCGAGAUCUGGAUCGACGUGCCCGUGGCUCAGGCGAUAAUGCGAUAAUGCGCCGUGCUACGCGGCAGCGCCAGAUGCGCGUCGCUGAGCUGUUCCCGACGGUCCACUGCUGGCCGAUCUGGUGUCCUGUACAGCAGUCAUCGAGGAGCUCGUAUUCAGCGGCUGUGCGACAGGCACGUGCGCGAGACUGCACCGUCUCGCACCGUUGCUCGUCCUCGUCGCCGAUCGGUGCGCGACGCUUGGCACAGUGGAAAACUGCAAAUAUGAAGUGACCGAGGUGAACUUUGGAGUCUUCUCAAUCGUGUUGAGCCAAUGGGUCGGUGGCGAGGCGCUAUUGGCUGUUUUUUCAGCUCAGCGCGAGGUUCGUGUAAAUUUCAGUGUAUAUAUAUAUUA